UGCGUCGGAAAUCAGGUAACUAUUAACAGGCUUUCGGUAAGUAAGAGUUCUGCAGAUAGGUAGCUAGGCCGCAGCGGGCAAAGGGGGCUAGCCACUCAAUUACGUCGGGGAAUCUACCUGUGCUAUACGAGUUGAUAGUUCCCAUCCGACGUGACCGCGCAUCCUUGCCAUGGACCAAUCAGGCUCGUCGUCGCCGUCGUGUACGCCCUCAUCAAGCGCAGCCAGGAGCACAGAUACGAGCACCUCUUCACCGUCCGCUCAGUCUGUGUCCCUGUCAGAGGUCGAACUCACCCCAUCCACACCCUCUGAAUCAGACGCCGGUGAGUUCGGCCUCCCCUACGACCUGCAUCUGCUCCAUGCCUACAAUUGUAUGCACUCGGGGUAUUCCUCUGCCACUACUGACACGUCCCGGGACCCUUCGGAUAUGGCGUGGAAGACAGACCAGAGUAGGCCCGCUGAAGUCGUGGGAAGAGCAGGCGACAGCGACAACGACGCCUGGGGUGUUGUUCGGAGCGCUGAUGAGGACGAGGAGGACGAGGAUGAGGAGGAAGAACAUAUGAAAAGAAAGAGGACAUGUACUCUUAACGCCUUCUGGAACGACCCCGACUGCGACUGGGCAGCGGUGCAGCCUUCGGGGGAGGAGCUCGAGAAUAGCUCCCGCCGCGGAGAACAUGGGGGAAAACAAGAAACAGGCUUGGCGAGCUGUGCGACAGCACCCCGGUGCUAUACCUGUCAUGAGCCGCUUGAUCUCUCCGUCAUCCUCGGAGGGGUUCCAUGCCCAGUAUGUUGCUGCUUCAAUUAGGUUGGAUUGCGUGUGCGACUCCGUAGUAACGAGCACCUACGCAUAGGUAGAUAGUGAUAAUAGACAUAGGUGCUCGUCUAGAGGAGACGGGACUCCUCCGAAGAUGGGACCAUGCGUCGUGGUAGGUUAGUCGGCAGACAAUGGCGUCUUCCGAAGCGAGGGAAAUGAACUC